GUCCAUCCACGGUAACCUCCUACUUUUUUAAACGAACCUUUGAAAAAACACACCAGGAUGCAGCAUGUUUGGUUCGUUUGCAAAAAUACUUUCCAUCAUAUGCAUAUUAAACAUGCAUUAACACUAAAUUACCGUAUAAUGAUGUUAAAUAAAAUUUUACAAAAAAAGUAACUAUCUAUGUACAAUAUUAUUAAUAUUAAUGAUCUCGCAUGUGUGUAAAUGAAACAGUGAGAGAAGUGGUGUGUUGGCAAUGAUUAGAACGAAAUAGUUCCAUAGCCAAAAUAUAUAUUUUUUGACUUUCCGCGUGUAUUUAAGAAUUUGUGUGGGUAUUUGUUAAGUUUGAACAUUUUUUUAAAUCUCUGGUGAAAUAAAAACGUUAUGUUAACGGUAAAAAAAAUAUUACGUGCCGAAACCGUGGUCGCGCAUUAAUAAUGUUAAUAGUCACUUGAUUGUUUUCUCUUUCAGCCGUUUGCAGUCUGCACAGAUUACGCCAUAUUGCAGUGUGUUUUAAUAUAUUACUGACCGUGAAAUAACGUACAGUUUGUGUUUCAGGAUUUUGUGUUAAUAUUGUGUAUUUUAACUUUGUUAUAUUAUUUAUUAUCUACUAUUGUAAUGAUGGAAUUUGUUAUCGUUUUGAUAUGUUGUGUGGUUCUUGUGAUUGCUGUAAUGGUAAUUGGUUCCGGAAUGGGGAAAGCUACUUCUUCGCAGCGUCAGAUGGACAUCAUUAACGUCGCUCAGAACUUAUAUGUUUUAAUUAAAAAAGGCGACUUGAAGAAAUGUGACGUUACGCAGACGACCGCGUUUCUUCUCAACAUCGCAAAGUCAACUGUUCUCAAGUACUACAAGAAAGACAUUGAAGAAGUUUCAACACCAGGAAAAAAGAGGAAAAAAAAGGCCACAGGAAGGAAAGUCACUUGACACAGUCGACGAUUUCACAGUAAAUACAAUCAGGAAUGCAAUUUACAGGAUGUACGCUGAAGGUUUGAAUGUUACAGUCGACACCAUUUUGAAAGAAAUCAGGGAAAGACAAAUAGAUUAUUAUGGUGGAAGAUCAAGUCUUCAUAAAUUGUUAAAGAAGAUGGGAUUUUCAUGGACAACUGUUGAUGGACGAAAAGCUUUGAUAGAGAAUGAAAACAUAGUAUUGAAGCGAAUAGAUUUCUUGAGAAAGUAUAAAGAAGAAAAAGAAAGAGGUGCCAAUUUCAUAUUUGUUGAUGAAACAUGGAUUUUCCAGAGAGGAACUGUAUCAAAGUCAUGGCAGGACAAGAGUCUACAAUCUGCGAAGAGACGUACUGUUGGAGAUGGUAAAAGGUUUAUUGUUGUUAAUGCUGGAGGGCGCACUGGCUUUGUGCCAGGAGCAGGAUUACUUUUUGUUUCAGGUCAGAAGACUGCAGACUACCAUGGCGAGAUGAAUGGGGAAACUUUCUUGAUGUGGUUUGAAGACAUGUUGGUGCAUCUUGAGGAACCCAGUGUCAUCAUAAUGGACAAUGCUUCAUAUCACAGCACCCAGAUGGGCGAGGUGUGUGGAUCACGUGGAGAAGCUAAUUCAAGCAGACUGGGAGAGAGAAGUCCACAUAGACAGCGGCACCAUUCCUCCACUCAUCAUCCACCUCGGCGAGGAUAGUUCAAGUGAAGACAGUGACAGCGAAGAAUUUGAGGUUACGACACAGCAAGUAGAUGGAGACAGUGAAGUACUGGCAGUUCCUCUUGAUGAUUUACCCGGGUGUUCUUAUUGAGGUCUGUAUGUAAUAAACACCUGGGCAACUGUAAGUAUUGGGGUUUGAAACAUUUUUUUUUUCUUUUAUGCAUUCCCAUUAAGUAUGUUGAUUACUGGAACUUUAUGUAUUAACUUUAUAUUACACAUAUUAUAAAAUUAAUAAUAAAUUUCAUUUCUGGAUUCGUAUAGGUGUAUGUGAAACAUUUUAUUUUGUUGUGUGUCUUCAUUUUUCAGUGAACUUACUUGGAAAACAAAAAGCCAGUCCCCAUCCAGGGCCACAAAUAAAUAAUGCAUAUAAGUGGUAUAGAAAUUACUGUCAAUUCUUAACCACAAUUUUACUGUUCAUAAAAUUAUGAUUUUGUCUAAUAAGUAUACUCAGGAAAAUGUAUAUAACCAUAUUUUUAUUUGUGGCCUUAACCGGCAAAAUGGUAGGGGUUUAUUAAAUAAAAGAAGAAAAUUCAUAUUUAAAUGUUUUCAUCUGAAUUUGUUAAUUUUAUUAAACCUUCAAUCCUUAGUCUUUUCCAGAUUGCUUAGAUGGACAGCCAUAUGUAUAAUUUACAAUACUUUUUUUUUCAGAUGCAGAAAACUGUGUUGAACUGUA